CUUUUGAAUUAUAACACGUGUUUUUGUCUCUCAUGUAUGGGCCUAUGGCCUUUGAAGAGAAGGGAAUGGAAUUGUUCUCGCAGUUCCUACACACAAUCACCCACUCAAACGAUCUCACCUCAAAGCUAGAGAGAGAAAGUAGAGAAAGAUGGGGGGCGGAAUGGAGACCAACAAGAACCGUUGGAUCGAGGACUGGGCUACUAACAGGGAGAAUCUCGAGCACCACUUCCGGUGGACCCGUCGCAACCUUGCCCUCGUCGGAAUCUUCGGCGUCGCCGUCCCCAUCCUCGUCUACAAAGGCAUCGUCAAAGAAUUUCACAUGCAAGAUGAGGAUGCAGGGAGGCCUCCCAGGAAGUUCUGGUUCACAUGAUGCGGUAUGUAGUUAUCUCUAUAAAUGUCGGCGGAAUUUCCAGGAUUCGUGAUCUUGUGGAAAAUUUACUGCCACAUCCUGUUUGUCAGUCGACCCUUUUUUAUAUUUUUGCUGAACAUCAUCCUCAGUGGCCGUCGAAGUUGAACAAAAUUGAUGUUUUUAACCAAUAAAAGGCUGACAUUGUAUGAAAUUUGAAUUGGCGGGAAGUGAGAGACUUGUGCUGAGUUGUUGUUCUAUGAGGAUUUGAGUUUUGGUGUUUCUA